CAGAAAUACACCCUUUUGUAAGAACAUUAAAAAGACUGGGAGAUAAAAGAAAAAAAUCAAAGCGGCUGAGGUUAGAUGCAGCCAGCGCGGGGUGCUGUGCGGAUCGGAGAGGUGUUUGCGGUCGGAUCGCUGCAUAGAUUCAGAGGAGAAACCGGGCUAAGAAGAGUAAAAAAACCGGAAAGGACAAUGCUUUUAUAUCGUAUUUGAAAAAUGAGCCUUUAUUCAUAGGGGAUGCCGCAUAGAUUUGACAGUAAUCAUCUGUAGUGUUAUUGUCAUCGUUAUUUCGGAUUCGGCACUCGUACCGGCAUCUCAGCCUUGGCAGCAGCAAUUUCAGGGAUACAUUUUACAGCACAUUGUCUUUUAUCAGCCUCUUAUACCAAGAUGCGUUUGAUGCUCAUCAUACAUUGAUUUUUGUUCUUCUUUUUUUCCCCGUAAAGGCGUGUAGACUAUCUUAUCCCUUCAGCGGGCUCAUCCUGAUGCCGUCGACUGAAUAUUAAAUGCUUCCCUGGAUGUGAGCGUCUUAUGUUUUAUUUGGCCGCCGCAUGAAUUCUCCCACCGGAUCCUCGCCGGUGUACGCUGCUGUCCUCCUCCUCCUCCUCCUCCUCCUCCUCCACCACCACCACCUCCUCCUGCUCCUGCUCAGACGGCCGAUUCUCGCAGAGGGCACUACCCUCCUCCCUGCCGCUAAAGACAUUUUGAUCGUCCUCCCCGGUUCCCCCCACCCGGACUCGACCAUCACUCCGCCUGCCUCUUCGUCCACCUUCACCUCCUCCUCUUCCUCCUCCUCUACCACCUCCUCUUCCUCUUCCUCAGUAACAUGUCGGGACAGUCUUUGACGGACCGGAUCGCCGCCGCGCAGCACAGCAUGACCGGGUCUGCCAUCAGCAAAGCCGUCUGCAAGGCCACGACGCAUGAAGUCAGCGGACCCAAGAAGAAACACCUUGACUACCUGAUCCACUGCACCAAUGAGCUGAACGUCAGCAUCCCCCACCUGGCAGACACACUGCUGGAGCGCACAGCCAGCAACAGCUGGAUAGUGGUUUUCAAAGCGCUCAUCACCACACACCACCUCAUGAUGUACGGCAACGAGAGAUUGAUGCAGUACCUUGCCUCCAGAAACACGCUCUUCAACCUCAACAACUUUUUAGAUAAGACUGCACUACAAGGGUAUAACAUGUCAACCUUCAUCAGACGCUACAGCCGCUACCUGAAUGAAAAAGCCAUGUCUUAUAGACUAGCAGCAGUGGAUUUCACCAAAAUGAAGAGAGGGGCUGAUGGUGUGAUGCGCACCAUGAACACAGACAAGCUGAUUAAGACUCUGCCCACCAUUCAAAACCAGCUGGAUGCACUGCUGGAUUUCCAGCCUAAUUCCAACGAGCUGACCAAUGGAGUGAUCAAUACAGCUUUCAUGUUGCUGUUUAAAGACUCCAUACGGCUGUUUGCUGCUUACAACGAAGGGGUCAUCAACAUGCUGGAGAAAUACUUUGACAUGAAGAAGCACCAGUGCAAGGAAGCUCUGGAGAUCUACAAGACCUUCCUCAACAGGAUGACCAAACUGUCCGAGUUUCUCAAAGUGGCAGAGCGAGUUGGGAUAGAUCAGGGCGACAGCCCCGAUCUCACACAGGCUCCCAGUUCUCUCCUGGAGGCUCUGGAGCAGCAUUUAGCCUCUCUGGAGGGCAGGAAACUCAAGGACCUUUCCACCGCCAGCAGAUCCAGUACCUUGUCCAGUACAGUGUCCUCUCUCUCAAGUGCUGGGAUCUCUCUCAGCCGUAUGGACGACAAGACAGAGGACAACAGACUGCAGCAACACAAGGAGGACGGUCAUAAGGUAAUUGACAUUCAGACACCCAAUGCGUCACCCAGCACCCAGUCGGUAGGCAGUGCCAACAGCAGCGGAGGGGCCACAGAUCUCUUCUCCAACUCACCCAUCGUACCCGUCAACAACCAUGUGCCAAACCUGACCAGUGAGCUGUUUACCCUGCAGCCUAACUUCACCCCCAUCCAGACCACACACACUGUGCCCAACAAUAACAAUGCCUGGGGAGGUGACCUGCUAAAGCCAGCCCCACCCACUCAAAUUCACAGCCCUGGAGCCCCAUUGCACUCUGGGAAAAUGCUGCCAAAUGAUUUGGACUCUUCAUUAGCCAACCUCGUUGGCAACCUGCAGUUUGGAGGGACGGCAGCUAAAAAACCGGAGCUCCAGUGGAGUCAGCUAGUAGAAAAAAAGCCAACAGCAGGAAGUGGCUGGCAAUCAAAGACCAUGUGCACCAGCACCAACUGGACUCACACCACCCAUCCCAUGGCACCUGCACCCAUGCCCGUCCCUCAGAUGAAUGGGAUGAUCUAUACUGGCUAUGCUCCAGCACCAGUGGCUUUUCCUAUGACGACACCCCAAGUGCCUGUGUAUGGAAUGCUCCCUCCUCAAAUGAGUCAUCAGAUGGGGGGCGUUCCCAUGAUGCCCCCACAGCCUGUCAUGUACAACCAGCCAGUCCUGAGACCCACCAAUCCCUUUGGGCCCAUCCCGGGGACACAGAUGCACUUCAUGUAGGGAUGAUGUUGUAACCAUGGCAGCAAAGCUGAGAGAAAGAAGGCGAGAGGAAAGAGAUGGAGAGAAAGAGUCGAAGAAAACAAAUCCAGUACCAAAUCCAGUGCCGGAGGAAGAAAGAAGAAGACAGAGUGGAAAAAGGAGGGGUGAGGAAGAAGGAGAGAGGACCAGAGAGGGACGGAUAAAAGAAGAAAUGCUGAUGUCUGUUUCCAUGUCGCCUGACCCUCUAAUCUCCUCUCUUCUCUCCGUGUGGCUACUGAUCUCUCUGUCUUUGAAUCUAUUGUGCCGGAGCACCAGAGGCUUCGCAUCAGUCCCACUCAUCCUCUGUUUGAUUUGCCAAUUCAAACGGUGAUUAUGACCCGUGAUGACGCUACAAAGACUGACAGCUCUAUGGAAGUGCAGGAGCGCUAUUUGCCACUUCCUGACCUCAUCCCAACAAUUUCCUGCAUAAAAAAAACUUCCCCACUUCCCUCACCAUCCCACAGCUGAAUCAAACUCGGAGGAUGUGCGUCUCUUUCUCUGAUUGGAUCGUUUGCUGGCACUUUACUCAAUGUGAACUUUGCCAAGGGUGUGUUUCUGUGUAGGUGUUUUUAGCAUCUUGUUCAGAUUGGUUCCCCAGUCACGUGUCAUCCGUCACUUGAUGUCAGAUGUAAAUGAUUUGGAUGCGUGUGUGCAUGACCCUUUUUCUACAUUUCGGUGUGCUGCAUUGACAUUGUUUAAAUCUUUUUAUGAGCUCCAUUUGUUCUUGAUUGCCAACUUCACAUCAAGAAUCUGGCGUGGAACGACUUUUUGUGGGCACGCUUGUGUAUGUAAGUGUGUGUGUGUGUGUGUGUGCGUGCGUGUGUGUGUGUGUGCGUGGGUGGGUGGAUGGACAUGAUUGUGUAGAGUAUGUAGUUUUUUUUUCUCUCUCUUUUGGUACCUGACAUCAUUGCUGUGUUGCCAGGUACCAAUGUGUUACUGCACUGGAACUAACUGAUGAAAGCACUGAGCCAGACCCAGGCAUCGCAUUUGGAUGUAAACCUCUUACACUAACUUUGCUACUUGGGGACGUGCUAUACACACUGUGUAUUUAUUAGUUCUUUUUCCUGCUCCUCUACAGCUGUGCAAUAUCAUGCAACCUCGGUCAGUCUUUUCCAUCCAUCUGUGGGCAGUUUAGAAGCUGUUUCGUGUUGUACUUCUUGUGUGUCCAACAUCAGGUGUCUGUACAGAAUGCAGUUUAAUUUUUUUUUUUUUCUGGUUGCUUUUUUUUUUGCCCGUUUUGUUAUACUCGUACUGCUCUUAAAGUAGUUAAAAAUGCACUGAGAGCCAGAUAGAGAGGUGAUUGGAUAUUAGUAAGGAGGCCAUUCUCAGUCUGGGCCAAUCAGAAAUGAUCUAACUUCCAACUGUUUGAUGUUCUCCCUGCCAUGAGCAUUUGUCCUGUCCAAAAUUAGUGUGAAUGUGAAGUCCUUUACUCUCCAAAAACACCGGAGAAGCGUAAUUAAGGCAGCGCGUGUCUCACUUCCACUUGGAGGAAUUAAAGACACUGCUAACAUAGAAAAGAUGGGGUUGUUAAUGUAGUGCUAACAUUUAUGGGCAGGACAACUAAAGGUCAGUUGGAGGAGUCAAAUGAGGACCAGACUGUCGAAAACCAACUGAUGGCAAUGUCUGUCGAUCACAAACCUAGUAAUGCCUGCAGUGACGACAUACAGAUUAAUUCAGACAGCCAGAGACGGGAGGCUUUAAUGAGAUGUUAAAUGUUAAUGUGGCUUUUCUGGCAGAUCCAAGGUCAAGCUAGACUCACAGACAGAUAUAUAUAUAUGUAUAACUCAAUAUAUAUAUAUAUAGUUAGCACAAACCUUUGAAGAGGGGACAACGCUCUGCUGCACAAAAACCUAAAAUCAUUGCUGGGAUGUACAGUUACAAGGGGCAAUAAUUGAUUGGGGAUGAAGUCAUUUUCUAUUGAUUGUGUCUGUUCUAUGUACCCGUUCUGUAUGUGUGUUUGUGUGCACAUGCUUUCCCAUAGAGAUAAACAGGGUCAUGUUCCUCGGUUAGAGAUGAAACGUCUCUAGUGAGCGUGUACUAACGUAGCAGUGUUAUUGUAACCGUGUCUCAGUCUGUACAACCCAACAUCAAAUUAAGGUGGCUCUAGGAUCACUCAUCUGCUGACAAAACACACAGCAACAAAAAAAAAAAAAAACAAAACCCGCCCCAAGUCAUCGGAGCUGGAAUCUCGAAGCGAAUCUUCAGGAAAAACCUUUCCAGACAGCUGGACCUGCACACGCCGGUGAUUCCCAACAAAAGCGUCAGAGAACUGCAACUGCACGGUGACCUGUCGUUACGACUCACCCUUGAACUGUAACUGCCGGCUACGCAAAAACCAAUCUUCCUGCAGCUACGAGUCUGUUCCUAGCUGAGCGAGACUUCGGAGUUUGAGAUCAUCACCAAGCAGGCAGAUAUUCUCUGACGUUUCUUAUUAAGAGGCCAACUGACAUUUGGAUAUCUCUUUUGGAAAAUGGUCAUUCUCACUCUCUUCCAUUGCUCUCGUUCCAGUGGUUCGUCUUUUCUCCGUCAGCUGAAUGCUCUUUUCAUUAUGCACUUCAUCCCCACGACGCAGCUCGAUCCAUCCUGGGCCAACCUCUGACUGUUACUGUGUCCUCUGUAUAUAGGUAAUGCCGUUCAUGUGUUUCUAGACGUGCUCUCUCUGUGAAGUGAUCAAAGCCCCAUUGGAUGACGUACUGUACGUGGGACAAUUUAUUGCUGUAUCUGUGUUUGAAUGGUUGUAUUUUGAAGGUGUCAUCAUCC